UUCUUUGAUUUAUUUAUUUUUUUACUAUAUGAUUUUCUUUAACAUCUUGAUAUGUCAGGGCGGCAAUCGAAGUCGUACAAACUACGUAAAGAUUGCAAGAAAUCCAACGAAUCACGUGCAGUCUGCAAGGAUUCAAUACAGAAAUACAUUACUUGUGAGUCAAAAUCCAAGAAGCGAUGCAAAAAACGCGACAUCGGCGACAAAGAGCGAGAAAAAUGCACCGGAAACAAUCGAAAGCGAUCCAACAGCUGUCGCAGAAGAAAUUCUUCCCGAGUUAGUGAUAAAAGUUGCAGCAAAGUAGAGCAAAAACGACGGUACUCGCAACAAUCAAUUUUCUCAGUCCCACGAGAUCAUAAAUCUUUCUCCACUUUGAUUCCCGAUAUCGUUUUCGGCAUGAAUGUAAGCAACAGACUUUAUGCUAGCUGCAGCAAAGACGACAGAAAUCGAAAACAAGGCCCAUCAUGCGAGAAACGAAAGAGAACAUGCGAAACCAAAGAAAAAAAUAAAAUCAAGGGAAAGUGCGUGAAAAGUCCAGCUAAAUGUAUGUCGAGGAAAAAGACCAACGACAAGAAAACAUUUUGUCAGUCCACGCAGAAAGACGCAGACAAGAAAUUUUGUCAGUCUACGCAAAAAGAUACAGGCACGAAAUUUUGCGAAACCACGAAAUCCAAAGAAUCUAUAAAGAAAUCCAAUCGCGAGGAAUUUUGUAUCAACAGAAAGAAACAAUUUACCAAAGACGGGGAGCUCAAAAAAGAACCAAUAAAAGCGUGCACUACAGCGAAAGACAAGAAAAAAGAAUCAGCAAAAGCACCUCCACGCACUACCGCGAAAGAUAAAAAGCCUGAAGAUCAAUCAAUAAAGCAACAAAUAGAACGCGAAUACAAAGAGAUAGAAGAAUGCAAAAAGAGCUUUAAAAAAGAGAAAAAGGACGAUAAAGCCAAAAUGGUUUUCAUAGACAACGAACCGACGGGCUUGGACCGCAUAGUCAGUUCACGUGAGAAACAACAGAAGGAUAGCGAAAAGUUUGCAAGUAUACCUCACGAAUCAAUCGUUUCUACGGAUACCGCAUUCAAGUGGUUUAAUAUUCAAUCUAGGAUUUUCAAUGGCAAGAUUUCAAUUAAUCGCCAAUUGUUCGCCAAAGAUGUCAGACUGUUCAAUGUGAUAUUUGAUCGAUUAUUCUCUACCGCAAAACUGGAUUAUCAGGAUGAUUUUGCUAUCGAACGAACCAUGAACCAUGAUAAAAUCGCUCAGAACUAUUCAGCGAAUAGCGACGAUUUUGUUCACGGUGAUGAAUUGCCGAAUUAUGUUGAAAUAGAAUAUGAAGACGAAGAAGAUGACGUUUACGAUUAG